AUGCAAAAGGUAAACUAUUUCAAAGGAGAUCAGCUAUCAAGUGGUCUUUAAUCUACUCAUCCUUUGCUUAACCCUGGUCAUGUAUUUUUAGUUAGGUUGAAUACUAAUCAAAAUCUACAACAACAAAUUGAGUUAGGAGAAAUCUCAAUAGACUUUGAAACUUAAGAGAGUUUGAUGUUAGUUAAAGACAAUUCUAAUAAAAGAUGGUCACUAAAAAUGAACUUUUAGAGUAUGCCUCAAGAUUAGCUAGCAAGAGCAGGAUAUCUUAAUGAAACUCUAAUGAAAUGUGCUUCUGAAGAAACUUAUAUGGAAGUAGACUCAACAAUAAAGGAUGAUGAAAAUGGAUUAACAGCAUUAGAAUCUUCUUAGAAGCAUUUAGCAAGGGAGAUGCUUGCUAUGCAAUCUUAAGCUUUUAUAACUGAAGACUCUAGGACAGGAUAAACUGAGAAGUAGAUGCUAAGUAUUAAUCAGAGAAUUAAUUGUGUACCAAGAAACUACAAAGUUACUAAUGAAUAGCGACAAGGGUUUUUUCAAUAAGAUUAAGUUUUGGUAUAAACAGUGAAUCCCAAAGAUCCAUAUGAGAUGAACUAAACCUACAUAUAUUAGUUGAGGAAGGACUUGACAAAUUAGUCGUUUGACUCAGAUGAUGACAGUGAGUUUACCAAAAAGAAGAAAGUAGGUAAUAAUAACAGAGGAGGUCCUAUAAGAGUUGAGCCUAAGCCAAAGAGGGUAACUAUGCAACCUAGUGAGCUUCAAGAUUGCUUAUUCAGAUUAUUCCAAAAGAGAUAGGAAUAUAGAAUACAAGAGAUUUAAGAUAUUCUUAAUCAUCCUAAGAAUACUCUUAAAGACACUCUCAAGUCUCUCUGUGAUUAUGAUGCCAAGAAGAGAGUUUAUACUUUGAGAUCUGAAUACAAAUGA